AUGAACUGCAGCGAGAGCCAGCGGCUGCGAACCCUCCUGAGCUGCCUGCUGCUGGAGCUGCACCAGCAGGGCAACGCCAGUGGCCUGGGCACUGGCCUCGGACCCAACAGGGGCAUGGGGGUUGUGCCUGACACCUUCUUCGGCCGCGAGGUGACCAGUCCCAAGGGCGACGACGCUUAUCUCUAUAUUCUGCUUAUCAUGAUCUUCUACGCGUGCCUGGCUGGAGGCCUCAUCCUGGCCUACACCCGCUCCCAAAUGUCCCAGGCCUGCCCCGAACACCAGUGUGCCAUGGGAGGCGCCCUGGCCGCAGCAAACGCAGAGACUGCCGCCGGUUCACCGGCUGAGGUAGGACGCCAUCAGCUCGCCCCUGGGGAACUGCCAACCCUCGCCCAGGGCACCGAGGGGGUCUAG